CAGGCGCCCGGGCGGCGGCUGCAGCAGCCGGAGGAUCCCGCAGCCGGCUUGCAGCAAGGACGGGCUCGGCUGCCCGGCGCCGCUCGCCCCCCAUGCCCACCUCUGGGCCCAGCCCCGCUGCCCGCUAUGGGGGCACGCGGCCGAAGGGCGCUCCGCCGCCCCCCAGGGGCCCCCUCCGCGUCCAGCCCCGCAUCUGGACCCUAGAGGGGCACCGCGGGGCAGAAACGCUCCGAGAAGGGGGCCUGAGCCCCCCGGAGUCGCCCCCUCCAAAAGACACCUCCCAGAUCUGAAGCAAAAAAUUCUGAAUAAAUUACAAAAGGUGACAUUCCUCAGCCAUGGAGACCAAUCAGGACUCUUCGGUGUUCCUGGUGAAUAUUUUGGAGGAACUCGAUACCAAGCAAAACACCAUUUCCUAUCAGGAUCUCUGCAAAUCGUUAUGUGCAAGGUUCGAUUUGUCCCAGCUGGCUAAACUGAGGAGUUUGCUAUUCUACACUGCCUGUCUGGAUCCUAAUUUCCCUGCCACUUUGUUCAAAGACAAAAUGAGGUGCACCGUCAACAACCAGCAAUCCAAAAAGAUAAUGGUUGCAGCAGACGUCGUGACGAUAUUCAACCUCAUCCAGAUGAACGGGGGUUUGGCCAAGGAAAAGCUUCCUGUGGCCCGAGAGAAGGUGAGGAAGAAAGAAUCAAUAGAGUCCUGCCGGUCUGACACUGAAGUUUGUAAUAUGGUGGACUGUGUACCUGAUUGUGAAUUGAGAGACAGGGAAUUUUGCAGAGGAUACUCGGCCAGGAGGUCUUCUAAAUGUCGGAAAGGGGAUUGCAAAGACUGCCCGCAAUUCGUACCCGCAUCGGAACCGAAUUUUUUGCUUGGGGUCAAUAAGGAAUUGAAAGGCCGAGCAGCAUCCCUUGACCGGUUGCAAGCUCUAGCCACAUAUACAAUCACCAGCUCUACCCCCUGUGAAAUGCAGAGCACAUAUUUCCCCAUGAACAUGGAUAUGGACUCUAUCUCUGACCAGGACUCGUUGCCAAUCAGCACAAGCAUCAAGGAGACUUUCAUUUCAAACGAUGAUCCCUUUGUGAUGCAGUCGUGCAUGCAGAAAAGGAACAUAUUCAAGGAAGACUUCCACAAUCUCUUAACCAUUUCUCCAAACUUGAUGUCGCCCACGAGGAAAACGGAGGAUGAACUUGUAGAACCCCCGAGCAGGAAGGAGGCUUCCAAGCAGGCCUUCUUCAACCACAGUUUUGAGAUGCCGCACAGCAGCCAAUAUUUGAACCCAAUUUAUUCUCCUGUCCCAGACAAAAGAAGAGUCAAACAUGAAAGUUUAGAUGAUCUCCAAGCGUCUACUUAUUUUGGCCCAACGACCAUCCUUGGAUCGCAAGAUACUAAAAGGUGGUUGGGAAAACCCAACAAACAAACUCCGUGGCCAGCAAAGAGCUGGAGUCUAAAUACUGAAGAAGUCCCUGAUUUUGAAAGAUCCUUUUUGAACAGGAAGCCUUCAGAAGAGAAACCCCGAUACCAAGGUUCAAACAGCCAACCUUCCAAUUUCCCAACUGCUGAGAGGCACCAACCAUAUCUCAGCUCAAAGGACCAACAGCCGAUGCUACAGUCCAACUAUGCAGUGAAACCAAACGGACAUAAAUCCAAAGACAUCCCUUCCAUUUUAGAAAUGGAGCAGCACGAACCCAUCAAGAAGUUUAAAGACAAAAGUAUUAAUUGCACGUCUAUCCCACUUCUCAGCAUUGACAAAAUGAGCAGUGUUGGAACGCAGACAGACCAACAUGCCUUGGAACAUAAAAAAUGUAACUCCAAUCAGAAUAAAUAUGGCGAACGACAUUCUCUGAAGCAAUCGGAUGACGACUCUGAAAUUGUGAGUGACGACAUCAGCGACAUCUUCAGGUUUCUGGAUGACAUGAGUGUCUGUGGGUCCUCUGGCGUGAUGCAUUCCUCUUGCUACAACAGUACCGGCUCACUUUCGCAGAUACACAAAUCAGACUGCGAAAGCUCCCCUGAACGCCACUUAGUGAAAAUUUCCAAUGGGAAUUGCAGUAGCAAGCUGGACAAGGUGUCUCAGUUGGAGAUCAACAGCCCCGCAGAUGAGGAGCUGAAAACCAGCAUCUGCAAGCUGGUGCUGAGGAUUGGGGAAAUCGAGAAGAAACUGGAGUCUUUCUCCAGUGUCAGGGAUGAAAUUUCCCAAGUCUUGGGGAAGCUGAACAAAUUGGACCAAAAGAUCCAGCAGCCGGAGAAGGUCAGCAUCCAACUCGAUCUGAAUUCUCUCACGAGCGAAGUUCAGUCGGAGGAAAGUACCUCCCCGAGGAUGUUUUCGUGUCACAAUUCUUCGCACGGGGGUAAACUGGACAACAACCCAGACUGGUGCUGUUCGGACGCCAGCGGCAGCAAUAGCGAAAGCCUGCGGGUCAAAGCCUUAAAAAAAAGCUUGUUCACAAGGAGGUCCUCUCGAUCGCUUACGGAGGAAAACAGCGCAACUGAAUCCAAGAUAGCGAGUAUUUCUAACUCCCCAAGAGACUGGCGGGCUAUCACUUACGCUGACCAAGCGGGGAUCACAGAGGAAGAGAUGAAAGACCGAGACGGGAGCGAAAACAAGGACUGGCACCGGAAGUCCAAAGAGGCAGACCGGCAAUACGAGAUCCCGCAGCCGCACCGACAUGCUAAGCAGUCCAAAGACACGUUCUUGAUCGAGCAAGUUUUCAGUCCCCAUCCUUACCCUGCCUCGCUCAAGUCACACAUGAAGAGUAAUCCCCUCUACACGGACAUGCGCCUGACCGAACUUGCCGAAGUGAAACGAACACAGCCGUCGUGGACCAUCGAGGAAUAUACCAGAAACUCCGGCGAGAAGGGGAAGCUCACAGCUUUGGAUCUACAAAUUCAAGAAUCUUUAAAUCCCAACAAUCUGGAAUACUGGAUGGAGGACAUCUAUACGCCGGGCUAUGAUUCCUUAUUGAAACGUAAAGAAGCUGAAUUUAGAAGGGCAAAAGCUUGUAAAAUAGCGGCGUUGAUUGCAGCUGCUGCUUGUACUGUUAUCCUUGUCAUCGUAGUUCCUAUAUGUACUAUGAAAUCAUGAAUUCGGGGACAGAUGAAGGUAUCUCAACAGUGUAUAUAAUAUUAUUCCAGGUAUCCCUUCAAUAUUUCGACCUCUUUGCGGCAAAACAAUAACAAUUGGCUGGGAAGAAUGUGAUGAGAGACCCCGCAUGCAAAGAACCUUUUUUUCUUGGGAGUAGGGUUUGUUUGGUUUGUUUGUUUUUUAAAAAAAGAAGGGCAUUCUCUGAUCAUAGAAAACCAGCUGACGGACUUAUCAGUCGUUUGCUUUCAUUUUGCUACUGAUGGAAUCUUUCUCUUUUGCCUCAAGAGGAGACAAAUCAUAUCACAAAAUUGGAGAUCGAUGAAGGAAUUAACUUUCUUCCUGUUCCAAGAUAAAUUUUAUAUGGAAACUGAACAGUAGUGGGGUGACUGCCCUGUAUGAGCUGCAUUUUGAUAGACAGCCAAAAAGCAAUGCUAUCUUUCCCCCAAAAUGUGAAAAAGCCUGAAUGUAUUACAUUUUGGUCAUGCGUCUUGUCUUUUCGUUUCUAAUUUGAAAGCAAGCUGUGUAGGCAUGAAAUAGGCAUGUUCCUACAUACAGAACCGAUAAGGGCUCUUUGGAAUCCGGUCUUCCUUGAAGACCUUCUUUGUUAUUGCUAAGCAUGUAGGUGAAGAGUCAUCUGCUAUAAACCAAAAAAAAAAAGCAACUUAUUUCCCAACCCCAACCCCCCAGCCAAAAGGGUGAUUUGGUUAAUUCAUACCUCCAUGACUGCUAUAAAAAUAGUUAUCUUGCUCCAUUCCAACCGGACAAAGUCAAGACGGUCCUUUGCAGCUCUUCCCAGUAUCGCUGCAACAGCUCUAAGCUUUCUGCAAACUUUGUGUGCCUUUUGGAAAGUAAACAGAUUUUUGUUUUCAUUUGUUCUGAGAUUUUCAGUUCCUAGCUAGGACCUGCGUCGCACCUAAAUUUGUGAAGCAAUGUCCACAAAUCAUUCUUCAUGCAUCACUUUCUUCAAGUGUUCCCUGUUUUUUCACGUGCAUAUUUAAAAAUGGAAUGUGCACGGGACACCUUGGCAUUUUGCAAACAUCUGGGCCCUUUGAGUAUCUUCGUGGAAGAACCAGGAUUGGAGCAGUGCCUUGCCUGAGCAUAAACUGCAUUUAACCACCACCCCCUCCCAAUCUUUUCUUGUAAAGGGGUUUUGUAGCCAUCGGGGCUGGCUACACAUUAUGGGUCUACUCUGGGUCAGCUCAAGCAAACUCAUGCCGGGAAUUCCAUGUUGAAAUGUUGGUUCGGGGGCUCUGUGUGGGUUAGGAUUGUGCGAAAAGGGGGCUUUAGCUGUUGGUUUGGUUUUUUUGAAACCCGUUAAUGGUAAUGUUGAUAUUGCUGUAUAUUGAUAUUGCGGAGGCCGCUUUUGUGACUUCUGCAUUUUAAGGGACAUUCCCCCCAUCUUCGAGAGCAGUGGGGAGGAAAAUCUUCCCCCCCCCUUCAGAGAUCGACAGCCAGUUUUUCCCUUAAAAUGCAAGAGCCGCAAAAGCCGCCUCUUCAAUAUCGAUAUAAGCAAUAUCAGUACUGCCUUUAAAAGGUAAUGUCAACCUUUCCUUUUGCCUUUCAGUCUUUCCUUGUGAGCAACGUAGGGGCGGGCAAUUGUGAGCCAUCUGGCAGACAGUGGGGCAGUUCCUCAUGUUUAAGCAGUGAAAUGCGAGGAAACCCCCACGGAGGAAUGACCGUGGGGCUGGAAGAACAAUGAACAGCUCCCCACUCAUCCUGGAUCACGCUGUGACUCUCCGGUCUCUAAAAAUUGUCAGUUCCAAGACUAUUCUUGCAAAGAUGUGUUUGGCAACAUAUGCUAACGUACUCUGUGACCCACAGUACAGUAUUAUUUAUUUGUGUCAUUUAUUGUCCACCUUUGACACUGGGAGGCAAGGUGGAUUACAGUCAACAAAAUGAGACUUUCAUUAACCAACACAUUAGGAUUGUAGAAGUCUUGGCCAAUAAUGGGAGGAAUUUGCUUGUUUACUGUCAAGUGACAGUUGACUUUCAACAACCCUGUUCAAGGCAAGAAAGAUUGGGAAGUGGUUUGCCGUUGCCUGCCUCCACAUUACAACCCUGGUAUUCCUUGGAGGUCUCCCCAUCCAAAUACUAGCCAGAAUCAAGGCUGUGUGACUUGCCCAGGGUCACCCAGAAAGCUUCCAAGGUACUGGCAGGGAUUUGAAGCUGGGUUUCCCAGAUCUUAGUCAGGCACCUUAACCACUACACCAUGCUGGCCUUUAUAAUCAUUAAGUUCAAGGGAACUAAUUCCCCACAAUGUGUAUGUAGGAUUGCGGCCCUAGUCUCCCUAAAUGGGCUCUUGGAACUGAGGACAGAGGAGGCAGAGAUGAACCCGAAUAGUAUUACGCUGCUUUCGCACAGGGAUGCACGUGUGGCGGUUGAGAAAUCUUCCCCCCACACGAAAGCCAGCAUGGUCUAGUGGUUAAGAGCAGGUGCACUCUAACCUGGAGAACCGGGUUUGAUUCCCUGCUCUGCCACUUGAGCUAUAUCUGGUGAACUAGAUUAGCUUGUGCAU